AUGGCCGGGGGCGAGGGCGAGGUGUGGGAGGUGCUGCGCCUGGACCGGCUUGUCAAGUUCCAGUACGGGCGCGCCAGGGCCGACCUGCCGGUGGAGAGCCACGACACGUACGAGGUGAAGAAGGGGGAGAUGGUGUUCGGGUACCGGCCGCUGGCCAUCAGGGACGCCCGUGUGUUCAGGCCCACGGCGGGGGAGUUCGUUGGCGACCGGUUCGUCGGCGAGGAGGGCAGGAAGCUGCUGUGGUACGUGGUCCAACAGCAGGGAGACCGACACGAUGAGCGUUGA